AUUUUGUUUUUGCAUUUGUUUUGGUUAGAGACGUGUUGGUUCUUCCUAUGUUUAUAUUUCGAGGUUUAUGAAAUAUAUAUGUAAUUUCCUACUAGUCUCCUAGUAUAGAUUGUUUCUGACAUUUUUUGGUACUUCGUAUUUCGACAUGUGUUAUCCAGUAAUGCUUGGAAAACUCCUACGAAAACUUUCUUACAUUUUUUAACGUGGGCCGAGCAGAGGUCGUGGUGCCGGCUGAGCAGCUACAGGUCCGAGCUCGUAGGGGCAGAGUGCAAUGGGGCCAGCGCCGCCGAGACGCACUCGUCACCACAUACUCCGCGGGGUCCCCGCGGCGUCGCGCUGGUCCACUGCCAUGCCGUCGGUGGACUCCGUGGUCAUAGCUGCCGUGGUCGGACUGGCGAUGUUUUUAGCCGCGCGCUGGGCCCUGCAGCGCUGGGGUGCCGCUACUCGCGUCCCGGUGCAACAGCAGUCUCGCAAUUUGCAGCGGGAACGAGAGCGAAGACUGGACGAAACAGAAGCUGUGUGUCCCGAAGACGCAGAAGACGUUACAAACGGGCCGGUUCCUGUUCACUUGACAGAGCGCGUAUCAGCGCCGAUGGAGCGGAAAAAGUACGAGCGAGUGAAGAAACCGGAGGGUGUAGACAGAAAAACAACGAUGAAGUUUUACGGAAGGCCAGAGGUGUCUUUCGGGGAUACACAGUUUGAGAAGUCGCGACCGGAUCCCGGUCAAAUCAAAGAGAAGACGUACACGCGAAAAGCAACGUACGAGCGUAGAAAGGAACUGGAGGAUGAUGAUGAUGCGAUAACAACGGCUGGGGAAGUGGAAGUAAAAGGAGAUUCAACGUCCGCGAGCGGUGCUCAUUUUGAGCAGCCGGUGGAAUCACAAGAAGAUCUGCAUUCGGGAAAUGAUGUCGAGGAUUCUGGGUGUGAGACAGGCGACCAGGAGGAUGCCCAAGUUAGGGAGCUCCCGUCGACGAAGAAGUACGUGCAGUCGAGAAGAGAGGACAGGGAGCAGCCGAGUGUCGUGCAGGAUGAGACGUACGAGACUGCGGACGCAGUGCGUGCGAGGGGAUCCAAAGCAGAGCACGCGGAGAAGGAGGCGCAGUACGUGGAGGGGUGGCUGGGCGAAGACCCCGAGGACGAAGGUGACCGGGAUGCGAGCGAGGCAGACGUGCAAGCGGUGGAGCUGGACGAGCUGCUGCUGACGGUGAAGAGCAUGCCGCCGGACGGCAACUCGCUGUUCGCCGCGCUGGCGCACCAGACCUUCGGCGUCGCGCCCUGGGACCCGGGCCACCGGGAGAUCGCCGGGAAGCUCCGCGUGGACGCGGUGCGCCACCUGGCUCACCACCCCAUGCAGUACUGGGACCAACUGCUGAGGGACGUGAGGCGGCACCAGCACAGGUACGCGGCGCGGGAGACCGCGGAGCAGCAGGUGGCGAUGUACGUGGACGACCUGGCGCUCGACGGCUUCCCCGCGGGCCACGCGGCGCUGCAGGCGCUGGCGGACCUGGUCGGCUGCGACGUCGUGCUGUACGACGAGGCGCUCGGCGAGCUGGGCGUGCGCAGCGCCCGCCACUCCAUCAGCCACCGGGCCGUGCUGCUGCUGCGGCGGCAGCCCGCGUCCGACGGCUCCCAGGCCUUCCACUUCGACAGCGUGCUGGACGUGGCGGCCGUCGAGAACCUCUACGAGGGCGCCUGACCGGAGCCUGUCGCUCCGGGGCCACGCACCGGUGCUGAAACAAACACACCGCUGGAACCUUUUACGAGUUGAUUUUAAAUAUACAUUCUUUUGUUACUGCAUUAAUAUUUCACUUAAAGUAUACGUUUACCAAACUAUUUACAUUCUACCAUUAGUUAAAUAAAAGUUUAUAUAUAUAUGCAU